AUGGAGAGAGAUGUUUUCCGUGCUCUGGUUCGAAGAUUGCGUGGAAAUGGACUUGUUGAUUCAAGGUAUGUCUCGGUGGAAGAGCAAUUAGCUAUAUUCCUUUAUGCAGUAUCAAAAAAUGCAAGCAAUCGAGUAUUACAAGAUCAAUUCCAACAUAGUGGGGAAACAAUUAGCCGUCACUUUGCAGCAGUGCUCAAUGCACUUACACAACUCACAUGCCACUAUAUAUGCUUGCCUUCUCCACACCCGCAUCGUAUAUUAAGGCAGCCCAAAUUUUCUCCAUACUUUCAGAACCGUAUUGGAGCUAUCGAUGGCACUCAUAUUCCAAUGACUAUUUCUGUUGAAAAACAAGAACCAUAUAGAAACAGAAAAGCAAGAGUGGUCAUUGACAAUGACGCGUGUGACAACGCAACUGUCAUCCGGGUCGAUAGGGUCAAGAAGCAUGGCAUUUUACUGGAAGCAGUUCAAGUCCUUGUCGAUCUCAACCUCGUCAUCACCAAGGCUUACAUUUCUUCGGACGGAAAUUGGUUCAUGGAUGUGUUCAAUGUGACCGAUCAGGACGGGAGUAAGCUUCAGAACAUGGAGGUCAUUGACCAUAUUCAGAAAACGCCUUACCCUUGUGGUCUUCAACAGUGCCUGGAAUCAGACGGCUACCUUGCGCCUCCGGCAAAUGGACCGAUGGGCGGCUUUGCACUGCCGGCAGAAGACCAGUUCACCUCCAUCGAGCUGACCGGCGCGGACCGCCCGGGCCUCCUCUCGGAGGUGUGCGCUGUGCUCGCCGCCCUGAGCUGCAACAUCGUGAAGGCCGAGGUGUGGACGCACGACAGGCGCGCCGCCGCGGUGAUCCUGAUCACCGACGAGGCCACCAGGCUCGCCAUCCACGACGCGGGCCGGUUGUCCAGGGCACGCACAGGCAGAUGCACUGUUAUUGCCAUUGCCUGCCGUGUUCCAUCAUCACGCAGCAAUAACAGCAGCUCGCCUCCUCUGCUCGCGCAAUAG